AUGGAGGAUCUGCUGGAACUGGGCGAGGAGUGGCGCCGCGGCUCGGCUGCCUCCGGGCCCAAGAUGGGUCGCCGAGCUCAACAGGAGCCAGCUCAGGCUGAGAAUCACCUCAGUGGCAAGAAUUCCUCUUUGACUCUGACUGGAGAGGCUCCCCCUCCUAAACCACCUCGCUGCAGACAGGGAGGUUGGGCAGACGAGUCCAUGAAGGCUUCAAAGUUAGGAAGGAAGAUUUCUGAAGAAAUAGAAGAUUAUCGCCUCAGACAGCAGAGCCUGGAUGGAUCAGAUGACGGAGGAGACAUUCCUAUUAUUCCGGAUCUGGAAGAAGUACAGGAAGAAGACUUUGUUUUGCAAGUGGCAGCCCCUCCCAGUGUCCAGGUGAACCGGGUGAUGACCUACCGUGACCUGGACAAUGACCUCAUGAAGUACUCGGCCUUCCAGACCCUGGAUGGCGAGAUCGACCUAAAGCUCCUCACUAAAGUCCUUGCACCAGAGCAUGAAGUUCGAGAGGAUGACAUCAGCUGGGACUGGGACCAUCUGUACACUGAGGUGUCCUCGGAGCUCCUUGCCGAGUGGGACCUGCUACAGACGGAGAGGGAGGACCCUGCGGGGCAGCCCCGGCACUCCUGAACCCAUA